CGAACACAAAGCCUGUUGUUACUCACUUCAGCAGUCCAGUAUUUACAAAACUGUCCAGCAAUGCAACAUAUUGUAAGAUGCAUUUUUGGUAUCAGUUGUCUCAGGAUUCCCAGCUGAGGGUCUUCCUUAGAACUCCUGCUAAUGGGUAUUUGCAAAGCUUAAACAACCAAUCUUUCAAGAACACAAUGCAAUGGACAAAAGCAGAGGUCCAUAUAAGAAACACCACUGGGGAAAUAGAGGGACCUUUUCAGAUAAUACUACAAGCCAUUGUUCAAACAGAAAAGUCUGUUGUUGCUGUGGAUGACAUCAGUAUAACAAAGUCAUGUAAGAUUAAUAUAUCAUUUUCAAGUACCUAUCAAGAAGGAGAAGCAAAAAUAGAAACCACUGAUUCCUCAUCUUUUUAUUGUCCACUGGGAUCCUUGCCAUGUAAGGAUGGAAAAUGUAUUUCAUCUGACAAGUUCUGUGAUUUCACACCUGAUUGCCCAGAUGGCAGUGAUGAAGCCAUGUGCUCUGCUAAAUGUGACUUUGAAAAUGGCAGCUGUGGCUGGCUGGAGAUGGCUAGUGGUGAUGCAUUUGACUGGGUAAGGAGCUCCAGAAAUAGUCUAUCUCCUGUGUUCCAGAAACAAGCUCCACCAGCAGAUCACACCUAUAACCAAUCUGAAGGUCAUUUUAUGUUCAUUUUAAGAAACAGUAGCAGUAUCUCCCAGAUUGCACAACUACGAAGCCCAAAAUUUAGCCAGGCUGGAUCAAAUUGUUCAGUGACCUUCUGGUAUUACAACUAUGGGCUGUCAGUUGGAGCAGCAGAAAUGCAAUUGCUUGUCAAUGGACUAAAAGACCCAACAGUACUCUGGAGGAUAUAUUACAAUCAAGGAAAUCUGUGGCUAAAGGCUUCCAUUCAGCUUGGCCGCCUCCCACAGCCCUUUCAAUUAUCUCUAAAUAAAGUCAGCCUUGGAUUUUAUGAUGGUGUCUCAGCAAUUGAUGAUAUAACAUUUGAAAGCUGUGGAUUGCCGCCUCCAGCAUUAAACUGUGAAGGCCCUGAUCAUUUCUGGUGCCAAGAUUCAAAGGCUUGCAUUGAUCGUUUGUUAUUGUGUGAUCUUGUUGAUGACUGUGGAGAUGGGUCUGAUGAAAGGCAAUGCGAUCCUGAAUUUCAAUGUAAUUUUGAGCUUGGACUCUGCAACUGGGAGCAAGACAUAGAUGAUGACUUCAAUUGGACUAGAACCCAGGGACCGACUUCUACUCUUAAUACAGGACCAAUGAAGGACCACACUCUGGGCACCGUCAAAGGAUACUAUCUUUACAUAGAGUCUUCAGAACCACAGAUGUUCCGAAACAGAGCAGCUUUGCUUAGCCCCAUCUUCCAUUCUACCUUUGCACAUAGUAACAAAAGCUGCAUUUUUCGCUUCCAUUAUCAUAUGUUUGGAAAGCACAUUUACAGCCUGGCAGUUUCCCAGAGAACUGUGAGCAAUACAAGAGGACAUCUGCUGUGGCACACAUUUGGUAAUCAAGGCAACAGAUGGAAAAGGAAAGUGCUCUAUAUCACGAGUUCAGAGCCAUUUCAGAUCUUGGUGGAGGGUACUGUUGGGGAUGGUUUCACUGGAGACAUUGGUAUCGAUGACCUGUCUUUCAUGGAUUGUACACGAUACAAUGGAAGCUUGCCAGUUGGUGAAAUAACUCCACCAGUGACAUCCAUUCCUGUGACACUACCUAUGAACAACUGUACAGAAAAGGAAUUUGUAUGCAGAGCGACUGGACAAUGUGUAAAUCUCAACCAAAUGUGUGAUUUCCGACCUGAUUGCUCUGACAAAUCUGAUGAGUCCUCCUGUGUCCCUGAUGCUUGUGACUUUGACCAUGGAAACUGGUGUCAAUGGUAUCAGCCUGCUGCUGUAGGAACACCUUCAGCACAUGCCACUAAUGUGUUCCAGUGGGGCCUUGGAAGAGGAUCAGACAUUCACCCAGGAGAGGAGAGUUAUAGGCCAUUGGCUGAUCAUACUAUGGCUACUAAGAAAGGUUUCUACCUCUAUGCAGACAGUUCUAACGGAAAGUAUGGACAUACUGCAGAUAUUAUAACCCCAGUAAUUUCUCAGACUGGACCCAAGUGCAGGCUGGUAUUUUGGAAUUAUAUGCAUGGGGCAACAGUGGGUACUUUAAAGGUGCUCAGCAAAGUGGAAAAUGUAACCUCUGAACUUUGGUCUCAAAGUGGCCCCCAGAGGGACCAAUGGAACAGAGCUGAAGUAUUUUUGGGUGUUCGCUCCUAUUUUCAGGUUGUUUUCAGAGCAAAACGAGGCAUCAGUUAUGUGGGAGAUGUGGUAGUGGAUGAUAUUUUGUUUGAAGACUGCUACCCGUUGUUGAUCCCAGAGAGACAUUGUACUUCAGAAGAAUUUACCUGUGCAAACAAAUACUGCAUCCCAAAGGAUAACCUUUGUGAUUUUGUGAAUGACUGUGCAGAUAAUUCAGACGAGAAUGAAAGCAUCUGCAGUGUUUCCAUUGGACGCUGUGAUUUUGAAUUUGAUCUUUGUGACUGGGAGCAAGUUCAGAAUGACGACUUUGACUGGAAUCUCAGAAUUGGCGGCGUCCCAAGAGUAAUCACUGGACCAGUUGCUGAUCAUACCUUGCAAGAGCCAUCUGGUCAUUACAUCUUUAUUAAAAACUCCUUCCCUCAGUUGCCUGGGCAAGAAGCCAGAAUUUCUAGUGUGAUCAUAAGCAGAAAAAGCAAAAAUUGCAAGAUAAUAUUUUAUUACCACAUGCAUGGAACAAACAUUGGAUCACUAACUGUCUACCAGAUGAUAGUAUCAAAUCAAACCAGAAAAACACUGUUGAGUCUGUCUGAGGAUCAGGGAAAUUUCUGGAAACGUCAAGUAUUACUAUUGGAAGCAGAUGAGGACUUUCGAAUCAUCUUUGAAGGGCGUGUUGGGAAAGAUUACAGGAGAUCUAUAGCCCUUGAUGACAUUGUUCUUACAAGGGAAUGCCUAUUGUCAUCCAAGUUCUUACCAGAUGAAUCUGCAGAUUUACCAACAGGCUCUUGCUUACCUGGCUAUUUGGAGUGUCUCAAUGGCAAAUGUUACAGACCGGAACAAAGCUGUAAUUUUGAGGAUGACUGUGGGGAUAAUACUGAUGAGAGAGAAUGUGGCACCUCUUGCACUUUUGAAAAUGGAAUGUGUGGUUGGAAGAACUCCCUUGCUGAUAACUUCAAUUGGAUUAUGAGAACCAGCUCGCCUCAAAGUCUCAGACCUUUCAAGGACCAUACACUAGAAAAUGGAAAAGGACAGUUCCUGUAUCUUGAAGCCACAUCAACAGGCAUAAGAGGUGAAAAGGCCCAUCUGAAGAGUGCUAUGUGGACAGAGUCUAGCACUGCUUGCAGUCUAAGUUUUUGGUAUUACACAUCUUCAAAAGCAACAGGUCGUAUCCAGGUUCUCAUUACGAGUCAAGUCCAUGUCGAGUCAUUGAAGCGACUUGAAUCUGACUUGAGUCCAAGUCAAUUGGCUCGAGUCAACAUCACUGAUGAAGCUGACACCAAAGAAAAUUCCUCCCCUCGGGUGUGA